UCACAGAGAGGUAUAGGUGUCUAUACAAACUGCACUUCUUUAACCUCAGAGGAAUCUCUCCCAUCUCCACCAUGCCGAUGAAAUGACGGCUUCUCCAGGCAUGCGGGCGAAUAGAAUUGUACUGCACAUCCUUCUUGUGGUGCUAUCUCUGGAUAUCUGUCAGGUUUAUGGAGAUGUGACUGUGAACUGUACUGUUGAACUUCAUGUUACAAGAGGUAACCAAUACCAGGGAAAACCUGGGGACUUCCUCAGUAUAGAGUGUCCAGUGGAGUACUGCACAGAAAAGCCGGCCAUGAACUGGUGCAAGAUAGAGGGGAAGGACUGCUUACUUCUGAAAGAUGAGUCAAACAUGCACACAGCCUGGGAAGGAGGGAAAGUGUUUGUUCUGAACUUUGUACCUGUUCAUCAGAACAACAGUGGAUUCUAUCGUUGCCAAGCUACUGUGGGAAGUUUAAGCAGUCAGAGCCAUGCAGUAGUAGUUCGUGUUCAAGAAGUGCCUCCAAAUGCCCCCACAAAUCCACCAUCAAAGGAAUUUGCAGGUGCCACUAAUGUCACAGAAGCUCCUCAAGGACCUAGCAACAACAAUAAGAAGUGGAUUAUUUAUGCCCUACCAUCUCUGGGGGCAUUGUGUCUCCUCAUCCUUAUCUGCUUAUGCCUGUUGUGUUGUCUGCGGUGGCACCAAGUGAAACCCAAGACAACCCCAGUAACCUCACAGAAGGAAAUGAACACGGUCAGCAGAUCUACAUGUGCUCCAUACCACACCGAUAGGACCACGCAUGCCCCCAAUGAAGGAUCUACACUUUACUAUUGCUCCAUGGCUAGCCUGCAGCAGCCAUUGGAUGACAGCACAAUUUAUGAUAAUCAUGUCCCUCACUGGAAUGGUAGCAGGGCAGCAACUGACAACGCCUGUGACAGCGCUGCUGUUGAUUCCUACCAGCCCUCAUCUGAGAGCGAAGAUGUCCUUGUUUAUGCUUCACUAAACCAUUCUAGUAUUCUAGAUAAGCUCCCGAGAAAGGAGCAGGAUGUGGAAAUUGAACUUACAGAAUAUGCCACUGUUUGUGUGAAGAAAUAGCCCUGGCAAUGACAUCUCUUUAACUUGGCCAGCACCGUAACGUUACAUGUCCUGCAGUGAUUCAAGCUUUACAGCAGGAGCAUAAGUAGACUUUCUUCUAAACAAAGAGGAACUCUCAUCAAUAAAAGCAUGCUGAUUCUUAGGAUAUGUGCUGGAAUUCACACUUAAGUGAAGCCCCUGUUCAUGCUUGGAUAUUAGCAAUCAUAUGUUUGUUAUCUUCCACGUGGAU